AUGUCUGAUCAUCUGCUUGAUAAUGAGAAUGAGAUUAAUAAUGUAGCCAAGGUCAAAGAAGAGUUCAAGAUUCCCAACUCAAACAAUAUCAAAGAAGAGAAAACAGAGGAGCUUUUGCCUGCAUCAACAGAAACCAGAAUCGACGACGUUGAAUACUACACUCUCACUGGUUCAAACCCUUACUUCGAUUUAAUCCUCAAUGAAGCCCAUGUUGGUCCAAUUUGCCAAGUGUACGUCCCGGCGAAAAUUGCGGCGGAGAUACCGUCAUUGAAGGCCCCGGUAGUCCUCAUGUCUCAUGGCAGGCAUUGGAGCACCACUACUCCGAGGGAACACUAUGGCAAGAGAUUUGGAUGGAGGAAAUUCGUGGUUGAUAAUAAAUUGAAAGCCGGUGAUUGUUGUUUCUUCGAGCUCAUCGAAGCUACCGCCACUAGGAUCGUGUUCAAAGUUAUUAUUCUCAGAGUUCCUCCGUCGAAUGAUUCGAAUCGUUCCGGCAAAACUAAUGAAGAAGAAGAAGAAGAAGCUGAUGGUGAUACUUCUGAGACGGCAAUUAUCAUCAACUAGCUUACAGUAUCCUGCAUUUUGACUUGGC